AACGCAACACUAAGCAGAGAAGAAGAAAGAGAGCAGGAAGAACAACACUGGCUGUCAUGGCGAACAGUAGAAAUGCUCAUGUUUGGACGGAUCGGGAGACAGUGUUCAUGUUACUGCAGCUGAAAGAGCUCAACAUUUUAAAAUUCAUGGACGGGCGCAAAACGAAGAACGGCGAACCUUUUAAAAAAGUUGCACAAAGGUUAAAGGAAGCCGGCUUUAUUCGAAGCCCCGAGCAGAUCCGCGUGCGAUGGAAGCAGCUCAAACAAACUUAUUACAGGGCAAAGAUGAUGAAUGGAAGCAGCGAUACCGAUCCAGUCAUGUGCUCACACGCGGAGAUUCUGGAAGAGCUUUUAGGACACCGACCCCUGUCCACAGCCGGCCAGAAUGGCGUAGACAUCGGCUUUAAGAGUGACAACACUUCUUCAGAAAGCGUACAAGACCGUGUGCAGCCGGCCAGAGGUUCUGAAGACCCAGCUAUAGUUGAGUCUGAUUCUUUUUCAGAAAACACCCCUCCGGAGAGGACUGGCACCCCUCUACCCAGUACUUCAACCAGCUUUCCUUUGCCUGAGGUUCGUGGGCCUGCUGCAGGGAAGAGACAGCGGGAAACUGCACAAAUGGAAAGUUUUUUUGAACGAAUGCUCCAGAUGCAGAACUCCUGGAUUGCUGCACAGUGCCAGCAGAGUCAGGAGAGGGAGGAGCGCCUUGUUAGCAGUAUCAUGGAAAGCAAUAACAAGAUAGUUUCUACGUUGAUGGAGGGUAUCCGCAGCCUGCAGCCUUCCCUCGCUGCAACAUCCCAGCCACGUCCUCCCAGCUGUGCCGGGAACGAGUAUGGUGAUGGCUGUCACCAGGUCUGCCAUUAUCUGUGA